AGUUUCCUAAAAUUCACAUUCAGUGACUUAUACUGAACAAUGGUUAACAUGAGCUAUCACCAAUCUCAACUAAAAUACAUUCAUACUCCAAACCCUAGACAGACAAGAAAGCGAAAUAAUAAAAGGAAAAGGACGUGUUGGGACAAACUAUCACCGACGACACAUCGCCAGACUUGAUUAACAGGUGAUUUAAAAGGUCCAGUGUGUACCUGUGUGGAAGCAUAUCUGUGCGUUGCGACUGUGUGGUGAGAUGACUGCGGAGUGGCUGCACCUGCCCCCACCGUACCCCCCCGGCGUGGGGCCGCUUUGUGGCGCAGAGCUGGAGGCGUGGUACGAGGAUCUGCAGGAUAUCCUGGGCUCAGACGGCGGUGGGGCCAAGCCAGCCCGUGCCCCACCUUGCCCUGAGAAGGAGCCUGAGUUUCUGGAUGUUCUCGAGAGCUGCUCCCUCACCUGGCUGACAGAUGGGCAGGUGUGGGGGGGAGAAGGGGUCCAGCGAGUGGUGGAGGAAGCCCCUCCUCCAGCGCCCAGCCAGGGCUCCACCUCAGGCCUGAGCGCUCCUGUCGGGGAAGAGAGGGAAGCGGGUGGGGAGGGAGCGGGCGGGGACCUCCUGCCGCCAGAGUUCUUCGAGCUGUUGAGCGAAGGGGGCGUCGGGCUGAUGGAGGGAGGAGGGGUGGAGGUUAGCAGCGGGUACCUUCCCAGCCAGCAGCCUCCUUCGCCCGCGGCCAGCGAAGAGGAGCUGCCCUCCGUCCCCGAUUCGUCCUCUUGCGCCUCCUCCUCCGCCUCCCAGUCUCCCACGCUGCACUGCUCUCCUCCCUCCUCCCCUCUCUCUCCGCCUGCUGUCCUCCCGUACCGGCUGGGCAAGCGCAAGAGAGGCGGCGAGAAGGGGAGCGCGCUCUCCUCCGCCGCCUCUUCCUCGCUGUCCUCUCCUUCCUCCGCAAAGAAGAGCAGGAAAGAGAGGGAGCAGGAGAACGAGAGGAAGGUGCAGGAGCUGACCGAUCAGAACGAGCGUCUGAAAGCGGAGAUUGAGAGGCUGGGAGAGGAGGUGCAGAGGACGCGGCGAGCCCUUAUCGAGAGACUGGUGAACACCCGAAAGUGAGGGGGGGGAGGGGGGGGGCGGGGAGACUAGAGAGGAGAGGAACUAAAAAUGGGGGAAGGGGUGCGGUUAAGCUGGACGCCACAGAUGCCCAAGGGGUAGAUGAGAAGGAUGUGCAGGACAGAGAAAGACUGUCUCAGCUGAGGGAAACUAAAGGAAAUAAUGGACAGAAAGUACAGGGAAGCAGCAAAGUGAAAGUAGCUCAGUUAUAUGGGAAACAUCAAGAUUUUGUGGAAGUGCAGAGAAGAAAAGGGAUGAGAAUGGCAAGAGUAGAGCAAAGCGUGAUGUACUGUAUAAAAAUCCAAGUCGAGAAGCGGUUGGUCUUGGAGUCAAUGGCAGGAAUGUUAGAGGUGGCAUAGCACAAUAAUGAAUUCUGAGGAUCACGAGUCUGUUCAAUAGUAAUGUGAUUGGGUUUAAUUCCUCCUCAGUCAGUUUCUACUGCGCUGAGAAAAGGAGACCCUCAUUCAGGGAAACUGUGGAACAGAGAAUUUGUGUUAGAACUCUAGGAAGGAAAGGCUAAGAGGCACAGAAGACAAGAGGUUGGAUUUUCAUGGAAACGUGGGAGACGUUUGAUUGUUCUAUCUGUGGCACCAGGCUGCUAAACCGACCCCUUCCAAAACACGUCUGGCAUUUUAAAUUCAAGGGCUUUAAUAUCAACUUUUUUUAAUUUUUAAACCAGAACUUGCCCCUCAGGUUGAUGGCGAUCUGGAACCGUUGCGAGACUGUUGCUGGCAGUGUUUGCACUGGCCCCGCACUGUCUGUGUGUGAAUGGGUGCUGGAAAGAAUGAGAUGAAUGAGAGGUCUUUUUAUGGAUGCCGUGGUCUCUCAGCCUGUGCAUUUAUAUGCAAAGAAUUUGACAGAUCGGGUUGGGUGCCUGUGUAGGUUGUGGUUUCACUGACACUCUUUUUCCGUAUAGAGUGGAAUUAAAGUGGCAGUAACCUUUACAAUAUACCACCCUGCUCUUCACUUAUUUUUAUAUAACCUUGUAGUACUUACCACAUCACAACUGUAUUCAUUAUGUUUUUCUCAAUUUUUAAAAUGUACUGUGUAAUGUAAGAAAUCUGCAUGCUAAAUUACUGUAAUCACCAAUAGUUACUUUUCCUUAGAGA